CUACUUUACUCAAUAGAUGGAUUUCCCCCUCUUAGGCAUCAGCUCCACCUCCAUUUCCACUUCCAUUUUUGAUCGCAAGAUAUGUGCAGUAUCAAGUUCAAAACAAGCUGGUAGGCAAGGGUUGGAUCAGUUUGGUGAUUUGACUCUCAAGACAAUGCCGGAGGAAAAGGCCUUAACCAUCACAAAUGGCUCCAGUAAUAAAAAAAUCCCACAUGUUCUGACCGUUGCUGGCUCUGAUUCAGGAGCUGGUGCAGGAAUUCAAGCAGACCUUAAAGCUUGUGCUGCACGAGGAGUGUACUGUUCCACUGUGAUCACCGCUGUUACUGCACAGAAUACCCUUGGGGUUCAGGAUGUGAGCAUUCUGCCAGAGGAUUCUGUUGCAGAGCAGUUGAAGUCUGUCCUGUCAGAUAUGCGGGUUGAUGUUGUGAAAACUGGCAUGCUUCCCUCAAUUGGCAUGGUCAAGAUCCUUCAUGACAGCCUAAAGCAGUUUCCAGUUCAAGCUUUAGUGGUUGAUCCUGUCAUGGUGUCCACCAGUGGAGAUGUGCUUGCUGGUCCAUCAAUUCUUGAUACAUUUCGGCAUGAUCUUCUUCCUAUGGCUGACAUUGUGACGCCAAAUCUAAAAGAGGCUUCUGCUUUACUCGGUGGCUUGCAAUUGAAAACAGUUACUGACAUGCGCUCUGCAGCAAAAUCUUUACAUAAUAUGGGACCACGAAAUGUGCUUGUAAAAGGAGGCGACCUCCCUUCUUCGUCAGAUGCUAUUGAUGUUUUCUUCGAUGGUAAAGAUUUCUAUGAGUUACGUUCAACACGCAUACAAACUCGAAAUACUCAUGGAACUGGUUGUACCUUGGCAUCAUGUAUAGCGGCUGAGCUGGCCAAGGGCUCUUCGAUGUUAUCAGCUGUUAAGGUAGCAAAACGAUAUGUGGAGACUGCGCUGAUGUAUAGCAAAAGCAUUACAAUUGGAAACGGACCUCAAGGUCCUUUUGAUCAUGGAUUUAAGCUAAAGAGGAAUGCUGGCAAUUCAAGCAGGCUGCAACUGCUUGAUCCAAGUGAUCUCUUCUUAUAUGCGGUCACAGAUUCGGGGAUGAAUAAGAAAUGGGGUCGUUCCAUUACAGAUGCUGUUAAAGCUGCCGUUGAAGGAGGCGCCACCAUUGUGCAGCUGAGGGAAAAAGAUGCCGAAACAAGAGACUUCCUAGAAGCAGCCAAAUCUUGUCUCGAAAUCUGUCGCAUCCACAACGUCCCACUACUGAUAAACGACAGGAUCGAUAUUGCAAUGGCGUGUGAUGCGGAUGGGGUCCACGUUGGCCAAUCUGACAUGCCGGUCAACACCGUCCGAUCCCUUCUCGGACCCGAAAAAAUCAUCGGUGUAUCAUGCAAGACACCGGAGCAUGCUCUGAAGGCAUGGGCCGAUGGUGCCGAUUACAUAGGUUCGGGCGGCGUAUUCCCAACUAAUACAAAAGCAAACAACCGGACCAUCGGUUUGGAUGGUCUAAAAGACGUUUGCUUGGCUUCAAAGCUGCCGGUGGUGGCGAUUGGCGGCAUCAAUCUUUCGAACGCUAGGUCGGUGAUGGAAUUAGGUGUUGCGAAUCUGGAAGGGGUGGCGGUUGUUUCGGCCCUGUUUGAUAGGGAAUGUGUGGUGGCAGAGACUAGGAAGCUGCACGGUUUGUUGACGGAAACCGUUGCGAACAUGGGAUCGAGCGAUACGAACUGAAAUCGGUUUCGAUCUUGGAGUAACAAAAUGUGAUUGUUAUGAAUAUUUGGUUGGUUGUGAACGUCUGAAAUGUAAAAUAAGCACUUGGAAAAACAAUUUACUUGAUAACCAAAUCACCUUUUAAUGCUGCUUUGAUAUUUA